ACCGACCGUAAUGUACUCAAUUGGGCACCGAGUGAACAGCUCAAGUUUGGGCCAAAAGUCCGAGACAGCAUGUUGUUGGAGGCAGUGAGAUGGGAUUUGAACAGAAUGCGGGAGGAGCAUCCGCCCUCGAUCGAGAUUUCGCCCGAUCUUCUACGACUUGACCCGAUGGCGGAACGGGACGUGGAAGCCGCCUCCACUGGCCAGACGACGGAACUCGUGGACACGCUAUCAAAGCAUCUACAAGUUUGCAGACAUCAAGCGUCACGACCUGCUCUUCUGGAAGAUGAUCCAGACAAGAUGCUCGUGACGGAAUUCCGAAAUGUGGUGGUUGAAUUGGCCAUUUUGGCGGGAUUUCUGAAAUUCCAGCCAUCUAUGCCCAAACAUUGGCGUCACAUGGCUGAUGGGUUGCCGCAAUCGUUGUCAACCCCGAGGCAAAAGAGUGAGAUGCGCUUCGGGCCGAACAUUCGAGACAGCAUUUUGCUGGACGCCAUUCGAUGGGACCUCGAGAACUGGUGGUCGCAGAAUAGCGCCGAAGUGUCCGAUGCUUGGACGCCCAGCGCCUCGGAGGAGACAGAAGCAGAGGCGGAUGACCACAAGAAGGAAAUCGGCGUAAGUCAAAAAAUACUCAUCCUUAAUCUCCAAAAGUUUUCGCGACUGGGCUUCACCAAUACCUCAGAAUCCCUUACAGCAUCCAAGAUGAGAUUAUCUAUUUGUGCUGUUCUAUGGACAAUGCGCGAAGAUGCCAACCAAAAUGGUACUUGGCGAAUGUUAAUUGCUGUCUUGAAGGCAGACGAACGGCAGAGUAGGCAGCACCAUCCAGAGGGCUCUUUGGGAGAGUAA